GGCUCAAACACCCUAUGCUCUCUCUCUUCCCUCUGUGUGGUGUCUGCAGAACAUUUUCUUGUCCUGCACCCCGAAACCCACCACGUCUAGCAGAUUUCUUGACUGCGCCUGCGCUCUGAGACUUCGUCGCCGGCGAUCAUGGGCACCGGGAAGAAAGAAAAGAGCCGGCUUGUCCGUCAGGGCAAGACUGGCGAUGGCUUUCAGAAUGUCAAGGUCAAGGGCGAGAACUUCUACAGAGAUGCCAAGAAGGUCAAGAUUGUCAACAUGCGCCGAGAGGCCAAGCCUCAGCGCAACGCCGAAGGCAAGAUCACCCAGGCCGUCAGCUACCAGUCCAAAGACGUACCUACCGCCCGCAUCGAGCCCAAUCGCCGGUGGUUUGGCAACACUCGGGUCAUCUCUCAGGACUCGCUCAAGUCGUUCCGUGAGGCCAUGGCGGAGAAGGCCAAGGAUCCCUACCAGGUCCUCCUCAAAAGCAACAAGCUGCCCAUGAGCCUCAUACGUGACGGCUCCGAUACCAACGGCAUCAAACAGCACAAAGCCAAGAUGACCAUCGAGACAGCUCCAUUUGCUCAAGCUUUUGGCCCCAAGAGCCAACGCAAGAGGGUCAAGCUCGAUGUCGGAUCUCUUACAGAUCUUGCCGAGAACACGGAAAAGAGCAUGGACACCUACAAGGAGCGGCUGGAGCAGCAACGCCUGCUCAGCGGCCAGUCAGGCUCUGCGGACUACGUUGACAUCAGCGCAGACAUGCAGCUUGACGGAGACGCACCGCUCACACUAGCGAUCGAGCCUAUUUUCAACAAGGGCCAGAGCAAGCGUAUCUGGAACGAGCUUUACAAAGUCGUCGAUUCCUCAGAUGUCAUCAUACAUGUGCUUGACGCAAGGGACCCCCUCGGCACAAGAUGCCGGAGUGUUGAGAAGUAUCUUCGCGAGGAGGCACCGCACAAGCACUUGAUAUUUGUACUGAACAAAACUGACCUCAUCCCAACCUCAGUUGCUGCUGCGUGGGUCCGGCACUUAUCCAAAGAUGCCCCGACUCUGGCGUUCCAUUCAAGCAUCACCAAUCCUUUCGGGAAGGGUUCCUUGAUCCAACUUCUCAGGCAGUUUUCAUCCCUGCAUUCCGAUCGCAAGCAGAUUAGCGUCGGGUUCAUUGGUUACCCGAAUACCGGCAAGUCUAGUAUCAUCAACACUCUUCGGAAAAAGAAGGUCUGCACUGUCGCCCCAAUCCCGGGUGAGACCAAGGUCUGGCAGUACAUAACGUUGAUGAAGCGGAUCUAUCUCAUCGAUUGUCCCGGUAUUGUGCCGCCAUCGAUUCACGACACGCCAACCGAUAUUCUCCUUCGCGGUGUCGUCCGCGUGGAGAAUGUGGAGAACCCAGAACAAUACAUCCCAGCUGUGCUUGCCAAAGUCAAGCCACACCACAUGGAGAGGACGUACGAGCUGAAAGGCUGGACCGACCAUAUUCACUUUCUUGAACUUCUUGCUCGCAAGAGUGGUCGGUUACUCAAGGCGGGAGAGCCUGAUGUUGAUGGUAUCGCCAAAAUGGUCCUCAACGAUUUCUCUCGAGGCAAGAUCCCCUGGUUCACACCGGCACCUGUUGACGAGGCUGGAGAUGCCACAACCCUCGAAGGCAGAGAAGGACGUCUAGGCGAGAUGCGCAAAAAGCGUAAGCGCGAAGACGGCGACAUCAUCCCUGAGACCCUUGUACCGGCUCGAGGAAGCGACGAAAGUGAUGAGAACGAAGAGGAUGAGGACGAAGAAUUUGAGGGCUUUGAAGACGGGCCCUCCGAAUCCGAUGGCACAUUACCUGGAGCAGUGAAGGCUGCAGACAGCGACGACGACGAUAUGAUACCCCUUGAUGAGUUAAGCGACGAUGAUGAGUCGAGUGACGAGGAGCGUGGCUGAAGAGAUCACCCGUGGUGGACGAUUGCAGCACAUAUCCAGAGACACCGCCGUCGAUGACAUCUGGAUCUCAGUGACAGCUGGGAGGCGGCAGGCAAUCGCUUUUCGGUAAGCGAGUGUCCCCUUGGACUAUACCCAAUCCUCAAGAUUCUCUAGCUGCCAAGCAGCAUGCCAUUCCAUCACACGAGGAGCCCUUAGUCCAGGCUCGUCGCUCGCUGGCUUCCCCGGCAACCUGCUGUGCGCUUCCGCGGACACUCAGAAAGGAUGACUGGCGGUGCUCCGUUUUGCAGAAGUCAGCAUCGUCAUUUGCUCCAGUGACAUUGUUGGCUGGUGAGCGCAGCAACGAUGGCGGCAAACCGUCAAAGGUCCAGCCGUAACUGGGGAUGCAGCGGACCUAGAAUCCCCCACGUAGCGCGAAUGCUCAACGAGUCCUCAACUCCACUG